AUGGCUCUCAGCGGUUCCUUCGCCGCGUUUCUUAUCGUCUGCCCAACCUGUUUUUUCCUUGGGAUAAUCUUCUCCCUCUUCCCCUACGACUAUCCGCUGUUAUGGUCCACCGCGCCAACCCCACCAUCCCACUACGACUAUCUCGAGGCUCAUUUGCGCUUCCUCCAUAGCUCUCCGCCAUUGAUUCCACGCAUUCUCCAUAUUGUCAUUGCAGUUGGACUUCUCGGUUUGAUGAUGAAGCUUUACAAACCAACUGAAUCCAACAUGCUCUUUGAUGGCGCCAGUUUGGUUCUUUACAUGUGCGGUAUUACUGUCUACAUUGCCAACAUAGUCAAGGGACUCCGUAUUGUUACAGAGGGUGACUACGGAGCGUCAGCUGCUGCGGAUGCUGCCGCAGCCGCCGCAGCCGCAGCAGCUUCAGGUGAGAGUGAAGAUGACGUUGGUAGCGUCCAGCAAGUACUUGGCCGUGAGGAUAGCAUGAAAGUCCUCGCAGCAAGUAACACCAUUUUAGCAUUGGUUUUGAUUGGUGUUUUGGUGCUCCAGGCAGGCCAAUGGUAUGCUGAUAGGAAAUCCCAACAAGAAGCAGAACUUAUCAGAAAGAAAGAGGAAGAAAGCGCAGAGAAAGACAGGACUGACAAGGACACAUCCCCCAAAGCUGCGAGGCAAAGUAGCAGCUCUGCUGCUAACAAGAAAAAACAAUGA